AGAAGUGAAAAAAAAGCUACACUUCAUUUGGUUGCCACGGUGAAUCGCUGCGUGACGGUCGCCAGCUAGAGCAUCUGGAAGCAAUAAAACUGGAGAAUAAAACUGCAGCGCACAGGAGAAAUAUGAAUUCAGAACCAGACGAGGCACCAAAAAGCAAUGUCGAGCUAAAGGCUUCUUCAACAGAGAUACAGCCAGAAGACCCUCCUAUAUUUAACGCGGCAAAAAUCUCCUUUCGACGAUUCAACUACCGUCUUUACUUCGCCCUGCUGCUAACAGAUGUUAUGCCAACUAUUUACACAACGGUUCGCAUUCAUUACCUCGGGGAGUUGCCGAACUCAUGGGGAGUUAACAUUGCCUCACAGUUACAAUGGGUGAACGUUAUCUUAGAAGUCGUUGAGGAGGCGCUGAUCAAACCACUGUACUUUUGCAUCGGACUCACGAUCGGAAAUGCCCGUGAAACCGAAAACAAGGUCAAAGGCGGAUUGCUCGUAACCUUCCUCGUCUACCUCGUUUGCGCGUCGUCGAUUGCCGCCGCAGCUUCGCCACUCGCCGACUGGUUGGCACAGGAUGAGAAACUCAUCAGCAAGACGGUCGACUAUGUCCGCCUCGAACUUAUCGGGUUGGUUAUGUCGAACUUGGUCAAGUUUUUCAUGGUGGUUUUCGUGCUGUUGGAUGCCCAGCGUCACAUAUACGCUGUUCUUGCUAUCCAGAUGUCCCUAUCUAUCGUCCUCGAUUCAUUCUUCCUCAGCGAGUCCAUCGACGUCUCGCUGAAGUUGGGCGUCAAUGGCAUCGCGUACACCAACAUCGCCACGGCCACCGUGACGUUUGUCUACGCAACGUGCGUCUUUUGCAGGAUGUACGGAUUCUGUCUGACCAGACCAACCUUCGCGUGGCUGCGCGACUGGUCUUUCGUGGGACUCUUCUUUGGCCUCGACUCGCUGACGCGAAAUGCUGCCUAUCUUCUCAUGAUAAUACGUAUGAUGAAUGUUGUUAAGAAGCAAGGAAUAUAUUGGCUGGCCAAUUCCUUUGUCUGGUCCUGGCUUCUCUUGCCGUUCCAGUCUCUUUCCAAAGUGCUCAUCCAAGAUAGAAGACCUUGGCCUACUACGUCAUUGUACUGGGCAUAGCCCUGGUAUGGGUUGUCACAAUUCCUGGAUGGAAAGGCUUCUUCGGCGUUGUCCUUAAUAUCAAAGAAACGA